GCUUCAUCACCACAAAGAGGCACAGCGGUGUUUGGAAUCUCCAAGCCUGUUGAAGCAUUUGGCGACCAUUUGAAAACAUCCCUUGAACUACGUUCCGUUCUGUGACAAUGAUUGGUCGUUUUGGUGUUGCGUAUCGUUCUUCAAGCGCCGCCGCUCUGCUGGGCCGAUCUGCGACCUCGACACUUCGUCACACCAAACGUCAGGCCCCGAUAGCUAGGUUCAUUGCGUCUACUUCCAGCCGAUGGCUUUCUUCUGGGAGAACUGUGGCUCUCUCCGAUGGCCCCCAAAUCAGUCUCAGCAAGGAGCAAAAGGGGCGGCCAGCUCAUCGGACCUUCCCUAAUCUCUGGCUCCGAGAUAAUUGCCAGUGCACUCAAUGUGUUAACCAGGACACGAGGCAACGCAACUUUGACACAUUCCAGUUGCCAGAAGACAUCCAUCCGGUCAAUUUUGCAGAGACCCAGGCGCAUCUGGAAGUCCAAUGGUCUGAUUCCCACAAAAGCCAGCACCCCUGGUCAUGGCUGGAGAGUUGGUUUGACGGCGGAUAUGCUGAACAAUUUGGCCAAGACCAUGCCCGGAUCCACUGGAACUCGAGCAUUGAGGCCUCACCUCCCGAGGUCCGUUUCGAUGCCGUCAUGAGCGAGUCUGACGUGACGGGCAUGGCCGAGCUUACCAAAAACAUUUGGGUCCAUGGCUUUAGUUUCAUCGUCGACACACCACCAACACCAGAAGCCACCGAGGCCGUUCUAGGAAAGAUUGGCCCUAUUCGAACGACUCACUAUGGAGGCUUCUACGACUUCAUCCCCGACCUUGCUCUGGCCGAUACCGCCUACACUAACCUCGCCCUCCCAGCCCACACCGACACGACAUACUUUACCGAGCCGGCCGGCCUCCAGGCUUUCCACCUGCUCUCCCACUCGGCGCCUCCCAAUGCGAAGCCAACUGACGAGGCCCUGGGCGGGCAGUCGCUGCUCGUCGAUGGGUUCAACGCAGCGACCAUUCUGAAAGAGGAAUUCCCUGAUGCGUACGAGACCCUUCGAACCACCAGGGUCCCUUGGCACGCCAGCGGAAAUAAGGGCAUUGCCAUUUCGCCAGACCAGACCUACCCAGUCAUCGAACAGGACGGGGACGUGCUGACCAAGGUCCGCUGGAACAACGACGACCGCGGAAUCUUGAACUUGUAUGAGGCGGACAAGUGGUACAGCGCUGCUCGCAAGUGGAAUUCGAUUCUGAAGCGGCGGACAAGCGAGUACUGGUUCCAGCUGACGCCAGGUCGUAUCGUCGUAUUUGACAACUGGAGGGUUAUGCACGGAAGAGCCGCCUUCGAAGGUAUCCGUCGCAUCUGCGGGGCGUACAUUCCUCGGGACGACUUCGUGUCCCGUUACCGAGUGACCAACUACUCGUACGAGACAAUCAUCGGACGGAACCUGAACCUCAGGUCGCGGUCGUCGCCGCGGGAUUAGGCGGAGGAGGCGGCGAUAACACGGGCACCCUGAAAGCCCUCGUUGUCGAGGGAAAGGGGGUCGUUUGUCUAUGAGCCGCAAGGGGAAACCAUGACAAUACGCCGUAGCAAGGCCCUUGGCGGCCUUUUCUCGGUGGCAUGAUUGGAACCGACCUGCGGGUGGUCGAACCAACGAACUUCCCCAGCAGCCGCCGUAGUCGCGACGGUAGACUAAAAGCACUAUGACGAGAGAGCCGAAGAUCCCCUCC